AUGUCAGGGUCAGCUGGAUUUGAUAGACAUAUCACAAUUUUUUCACCCGAAGGUAGAUUAUAUCAAGUUGAAUAUGCAUUUAAAGCAAUAAAUUCUUCAAAUAUAACAUCAAUUGGAGUAACAGGUAAAGAUUCAGCAGUAAUUAUAUCACAAAAAAAGAUACCUGAUAAAUUAUUAGAUUCCAAAACAAUAUCAUAUAUUUUCAAAAUUACUCCAAGUAUAGGAAUGGUUGCAACUGGUUCAAUUGCUGAUGCAAGAUCUCAAGCAAUGAGAGCUCGUAGUGAAUCAUCAGAAUUUAGAUAUAAAUAUGGUUAUGAAAUCCCAGUAGAAAGUUUAAGUAAAAGAAUGGCAAAUAUAAGUCAAUUAUAUACUCAAAGAGCUUAUAUGAGACCUUUAGGUGUUGCAUUAACUUUUAUUCAAGUUGAUUUUGAAGAUGAAAAUAAAGGUCCUCAAGUUUUUAAAUGUGAUCCUGCUGGUUAUUAUACAGGGUUUAAAGCAGUUGCAACUGGACCAAAACAACAAGAAGCUACAACUUAUUUGGAAAAAAAAUUUAAAAAAAUUAAUCAUAUACAAGGUGAUUGGAAAGAAACUGUUGAAUUUGCAAUCACUGCUUUAAGUUCAGUGUUGGGAACUGAUUUUAGAAAAAAUGAUAUUGAAAUUGGUGUUGCUACUGAAGGUAAAUUCCAAAUUUUAACCCCUGAUGAAAUUGAUGAAAGACUUGUAUCUAUUGCUGAACAAGAUUAA